AUGAGCAUGGUCAUAUAUAUUGAUCCAUUGCUGCUCACUAAAUCCCCGUUGGUAAUUAUUGGCCUUGCUUUUAGCGUGGUCGGUUUUUUUAUGUGCCUGUAUGGCGUAUGCUUCUUUGGAUUUCAAGGCUUAAGGAAGCGCUUCACACGCGCCAUCAUAUUUUUAGUUUUGAUCAAUGCUAUUGGGCUACUUAUGCAAGUGUCUGAAGUCUGUUUUGUCUAUCUUCUUUCAUAUACGGAGCUAUAUACCUGGAGAAACAUUAUGUUUGAGCUUUGUAUGAUUUCGUUGAAUAUGCUCCAACUCGAAAUCUUUUCAUGUUUUAAUGGAGGAUUGCUGCAUAUUUCUCUGUUCCAUGCCGAGAAUAUCAAAUGGCUGCGACUGGCAUCAAUUAUUUUGCAUCUUAUUACAGGUCUGGGGGCUUAUUUAGAGGGUAUUGCGUGGCAAUACAGUAUGGGUUCUAUACUGUCUCUGUGGACUGGAUUAGGACCUGUUGUUUACGCCGUGUUUAUUUGCAUUAUUGGAGUCACUCAAAACCUUUUGAUUCUUAAAAAAGUAAAGCAGCAUAUUAGAACAAUAACGGUUUCAAAUGGCAGUGCUGAUCCCAGAGUUAUUAAAGUUCAGGGCACAAAAAUACUGAUCUAUUUCGUGUUAGCACUUGAUCUGAGCUCAUUGGCUAUAUUUAUCAUUUCUGGAGUGGUUGGAUCAUUGGAUAAUUAUAUUCCCCAUUACAGUUUGAUGCAGAUAUGUUUUGGUAUUUUUGGAAUUCACAUGUUUUUAGAAACGUUUCUGUUUGAAAGGAUCGUCGAUCAGUUUCGUAAAAAAGUAACGUCGCCAGUCAAUUCAAAGGGCAGUAGGGCAGUUGUGUCGAAUUCAGGCGUAUCGUCAAACCCUGGAAUGAAAUAUUCCAAUGCAGUGACCAGCAAUAACUCGGUACUACCAUUAAUGGUCAGUCCUAACACACCAGUCAGAUCAUCUGCAGUGGAUGCGCUAUAA